AUGAAAACCAACUGCUCCUUCACCGAGGUAGACCGCCUCAUGAAAUCACUGGAACUUGCCAUCUAUGUGCCCAUCUUCGUGUGCGGCCUUGUCCUCAACAUCCUGGCCCUGGUUGUCUUCUGCUUCCUCCUCCGCAAGUGGACAGAGUCCACCAUCUACAUGACCAACCUGGCCCUCCUGGACCUCCUUCUCCUCCUCCUGCUCCCCUUCAAGAUGCACGCCACCAUCCACCACUGGGAGGCCCACCACCGCUUCCUUUGCUCCUUCCUGGAGAGCCUGUACUUUGUGGGCAUGUAUGGCAGCAUCUACACCAUUGCCUGCAUAGCCAUGGACCGCUGGGUGGCCAUAUGCCACCCCUUCCGCGCCAAGCAGCUCCGCUCCCGCCGGGCCGCUCUGGGGAUCUGCAUCCUGGUCUGGGUGGUGGUGCUGGGGGGCACCUCACCCAUCUACUCGUUCCGCACGGCGGGAAAUGGGUCCUUCCACUGCUUCCACGGCUUCUCGGAGAAGGGCUGGCGCCCAGAUGUGAUCAGCUGCCUCUUGGGCUUUGGGUUUGUGGGGCCGGCCCUGGUGCUGGUGGUGUGUUCGGCCCAGAGCAUCCGGACGCUGAGGCAGUCCGACAAAGAGAGCCAUAAGAACAGAGCCUGUGUGAGGAUCAUCUACAGCAGUCUCUGUGCCUUCCUGGUCCCCUUCACGCCUAGCCACCUGGGCAUCCUGCUGCAGUUCCUGGUAAGCAACUUCGUACGAUGCUGUGAGGAUCGGAAUACCUCUAUCUCCUCCAAGGUACGUCAAGACGUGAUCCAGGACUGCAUGGCCAAGACGAAUAUCAGCCUGUUCCUGCAGGUGGCCAUGAGUCUGGCCAACAUCACGUGUUGUCUGGACGCUCUGUGUUACUACUUCAUCACCAGGGAAGUGAGGACCUCCAAGCAGACCUUCACCAUCAGGAGGUCCAGGUCCAGCAGCCAGAGAAGAGCCACCACCAGCACCUCAGAGCUCUGACAAGACCAAUGGAGGGACAAACACUGAGCAGAACUGGUUUAAAUUAUGUUUCAACCCGUUUUGCCCACUGGGAAAUUACUGUGUGUGUGAAAUCUUACUAGCUGUGUGAAAAAUUCUGCCACUGUUUGAGGACAAUGGAUGUUGAGUAGGAAAUAGGAGUAUUUAUUAUUGAAAACCUACGCAUUUUGGCCCAAUUUUUCCUUUUGACCUUCUGCAGCCUUACCUCGGACAAGAGUUAACCCUAUGAGACCAGAUAUUUUAAUAUAUUUAACUUUCACUAUAUUUCACUGCUUCGCUUAAGUAAAAAGUUUUCAACUUCUUUGACUACCACAAAAUACUUUUAAAGAGCUGAAGCAAUUCAAACAAAACAUUUUCUUGGAAAUGUUCCAUUUGAUUACAAUUGUUUGUGCCUUGUGCAAUGCCAUCUAUAUGUGUACUGUAUGUUCUGACAAGGGACUCAUGAGACUUUGUCAUCAGAUGAGUGAUGUGGGCUAAGACAGCACACCACUAGUUUCAACUGAAGGCAUAUGGAGAAAACCUAAUUUGUCUGUGUGUAUGCUGAAUGUCGCUGUGGUUACGAUAAAACACAUGUACACAAACUAUGCCUUCAGAAAGUAUUCACACCCCUUGACUUUUUCAAAAUGUUGUUCUGUUACAGACUGCAUUUAAAAUCGAUUAAAUUGCGUUUUUUGUGACACUGACAAAAACAAAAUACCCCAUAAUGUCA